AUGCCAUACAAAAUGUAUAAAUGGGCAGAGAGCAGGCUGCGUCCUAUAAGCAGUGUGCUGGCACCGGAAAUAUCUGGCAAAUUUGCCAAUAGUAAUAUUUAUGUGUACAGCCAGUGUGAGAGAGAAAAAAUCAGAAGAACCGAUAAGAAAUCAGAUUAUAAAAUAAAAAUAAUCCUUGACAAGAUCACUGGACGUAAAGGGUGGCACUCUCGGCAGAAGUAUACACUCUGUAAUAAAGCACUGAGCACGCAGGUAUGGAUGGAUCUGUAUCAGGAAAUAGGCGAGAGUGGUAUUCUUAGUCUGUACUCUAACUAUACAGUAAUGGAGAGGUAUGGAAAUAGGUAUAUUCUGCACUUAGCAAAUGAUAAACUGCCUGUGCAUGAAAAUGACAAGAACAAGAGUAAUCUAGUUAAAGUAUUCGAGUUUAAGGAGAUGAAAGAGAUACAUGCAGCAGAUGUAUACAGUAAAGAUGUAAUUGAGGUGUACACAGAUGAAAUAAGUACUUUAUUCUUUCGUAUACAGAAUGACACUGUAAGUAUAAAGGGAAUAAUUGGGUCGUUCAUAAAAGCAAAGAAAGAUAAAAUAAAAGAGAAGCACGGUGAGUGUGCACAAAAAAAGCCAACAAUAUUAGACUGUGAAAUACAAAGUGAAACCGUGGUAAGGCUGCUUUACACAAUAGUAAAGAAUCUCUUUUCGGGGAUACUUCCAGAGAAUGGACUAAUGCGAGUAAAGCAGAAGAUUCGGUGGAUGGCAAUGAACAAAAAGUAUAAAAUCAAGACAUCUGACUUACUCUCAGGACUAAAAACCAAUUUCAAGCCUAAAAUAAGAAAUAACAAUCCACUUCUGUACAAGAAGUACAUGACAGAGACGUAUUCCUUUAUAUUUCUAGUGUGUAUUCCAAAUAUAAUGGCGUGUUAUAUAAAGGAUACAACAAACCAAACCAGCACGCCAAGGUUCUUUUUCCGCCAGCAAUUUAAAAGACUGGAAAACCAGUUUAAAGACAACUACAUAAAGGAAUACUUUCAGAUAAUAAAAACCCCAGAAAUACCCGAAACCCGCCUAGAAAGUAGGUUUUUAAGAAAAAGAAAGUGUUCUGAAAGCGGAGAAAGAGAAAUUUCUGAUGUAUCAUUUCUCCAAGAGAGUUUUUCAGAGUACGCGGCAGUAGAUGAGACAGUGCUUGGUUCUGAUAUUUCAAUGGAAAAUAGUAUGCUCAACUCUGAGGAUACAUCUACCUGUACAGACAUAAAAGGCAAAGGAAACAGUGCAGCUGAAAAAAUAUCAGAGAAUGGUAUAACCCGAAAUAAGAAAGUAUCUGGGAAAAAACCUGUACAAAACCGCACUCGAAUAUAUAGUGCAUGCCAGAAGAUAAGCCCGCUAUAUGAUGAAGUGUUUAGAAUGAAUCUUAUCCCCAAAUCGGAGACGUUUAGGCCUGUUUUUAAAAAAGUAUACAACCCAAUCAAAGUAUUUGCGCCUUUAAAGCACAUUCACCAAGAAAGAAUGGUAUGCUGCAUUCUUACGAGAGAGGCACAGGAGAGGACGGAGUGGGAGAUUCAAAAUAAUCUUUUGCUAAGGAAAAGGCAGCCCAGAGUACGUACAAACAAUUCAAUAUUUAGGGUGACAGAUAUAUUUCCAAGAGUGCAUAAUUUUAGGAGCAAAUUCUCUGAUAACUUUGCGAAUAAUAAGCCACUGUACAUUCUUAUUCUUGAUAUAAAGAGCUGCUUUGAUAAUAUUUCUACUGCUGCUUUAAAUGGUCUAAACAUUAUACAGAAGCUGUUUGGAAGGGAAGAGUAUGAGGUAUAUACUGUGGUAGAAACAUCAAUCAAUGGGGUGAAGAUUGUGCGGAGGAAGGCACUUUAUCCAAACGAAAAUAUACAAAGUGAAUGGGAAGGCCGGCAGAACAGAGACCCGCACGUUAACCACAAAACAGUAUUUAAAGCAUACCACAACAAAGAGCUGUUCACACAAAUGGAGAUAAAAGAGACUUUAGAAAAAGAGAUAAAUCAUAGUAUACUACAGCACAGAGAUGCAUACUAUAAAAGAGUCAUAGGAAUUAACCAAGGAAGCCGAUAUGCAUCACAUAUGUGCGGAUAUUUUCUUGCCGCACUUGAUCCAAUAAUAACUGAAGGCCUAGUUAACACAUGCAUGGCCCGGUAUGUUGAUGAUUCGGUGUUCUUUUCAUGGAGCCUGGAUGAAUUGUCUUUGGUUGUUGAGCGAAUUAAGGGGCUGGAAACCGCCGGUGUUAUUCUUAAUAUGGCUAAGUGUAAGUUAUACACGUCAAUAGAGGAUGCUCCCAGUGUGUCCAUUGCAGGGAUUAUUCAGUCAGAGUACAAGCCCACCUUUAAGUGGUGUGGGAUGCACUUUGACACAAAAACACUCUUUCCAAUAAUGGUAUGGGAGCAUAAGCCAGCACCUGCGCUAAUAUAUAGCAAAAAAGAGAUUUUUCUGAAAAUACUGCUAAACCUAAACAUUAAGCACACAGCAGAGCUAUUCCACUCAGAAAACCCAAAUAAGUACAGAAAUGCCAUGCUCUUCAUUAAGUGCCAGAUACAAAAACUACUGUGUAUCCUAGAGAAUAAAGAGUGCACUCAUAUGCGAGAGGCAUGCUUAGAAUACUUACUUGACCGAUUAAAACACACCUUUAUAGGGAAAGGAUGCCUUUCUCAGCAGAGAGUAAAAGAGUGCUUCUAUCGAACACUUGAUAUAUGCCAAGAAGAGAUGAAAAAGUCGGCUGCAUAAUCAGAAAAUUCUCCAAAAAUGUUUUUGAGUGCAUCCCUCGCUUUAAACAGACUUAUUUGAAUAAAGAAUAGAAAACA